ACAAACUCCGUCCUUCUUACUGAUAAUAAUCAAAAUAAAACUAGGCUAGUUGGUUAGCCGAUACAAGACUUAAUAAGAAUGUUGAACGCAUUAAUGGAGCAGUUGUUACCCCCAAACCCUCUGAAAAAAAACAGAAAAAAGGUAAUCGGAAGAAGUAAAGAAACUUUCCGAAUCAUUUUCUUUGAAAUGUUCUGAUUGUGAUUAUUUCAGGUGUAGAAACAGUUUCAAAGUUUUAAAAGAAGUAAAUAUAAUAAAGGAAUCAAAGGGGAAAAAAGACAAAACAAGAAAAAGGAAUAAAAAUGAAGGCAAUGUCAAAAAUGUACAAGUUUAAUAAUAAAUAAACAAAUACGUUUAACAAUCAGUUAUAAAUAAUCAGUCUGUGUUCUGUAGCCUGGAGACGGAUGUAGUGAGAGAUCACAGCGUACGGGGUUAUACGUGACAUUUUAUCACCACACACGAUCAACACGAGUCCAAACGUGACACCUGACACCUCACUCCUCUUUCUGCUCCCUCCAUCUCACAGCCCCUCCUCCACCACCGUCGUAAAACUCCCACAAUCCCCUGCAGCGCAGGCUGUAAACGACACCGGGCCGUUAAUUAAUUAAUGGCCAUUCGGCAGCAGGCUGGCCGUGGCACUCGAGGGUCUCGUCUGCGAGGAAGAACAGAGAGAGGAGGAGGAGGAAGGUGGAGGAGGUUGCAGAGGACAGGACGAGUGAAAAGAGGAGAGGAAAAGAAGAAAAGACAAUAAAGGAGAAGAGGAACGGUGGCACUUUCACCCUGUCGGACUAUCAAUCAACCUGCUGCUGCAGAGGGAGAGAGGGAGAGAGGGAGAGGUGGAACGAGUGGAGAGAGAGACGGAUAGACAGUGAGAGAGAGAAUGGCGAUGGACUGGCCUACACAUCCUCCUCCAGCGCUGGUUCCGGCCGUUGUGAGUGCCGGAGCGGUUCUGGUUUCCCAUUACGUCUUCAACGCCGCUGCCCAAAUCCCUGAUCCAGCGCUCUUGCCCACAGACCCCCCACCGAAGCCGGACCCCAUCACCUCGGAGACCGUUGUGUUCUGGGGACUUCGUCUCUGGCAGGUGGUGGGGAUCUUCUCCAUGUUUGUCCUGGCCAUCAUCAUCAUUCUGUGCUGCAUCUUUAAAUGUCGAGUUCCUCGCACCAAGAAGGAGAUCGAGGCUCGGCACGCUCAGAGACUGGCGGCUAAGAGCUACGCUAACACGCUGGAGACCGUUCCUCCACUCAACGAGCUCACUGAGAUACCGGGAGCGGCUAAAGUGGAAGUGAAUACGGUGUCGGAGAAAGUGGAAGGAGAGAAGAAGAAAGAGAAAGAAGGAAAGAAGGCAGCGAAGGAGAAGGAAGGCAAAGCAGAAGAGAAGAAAAGUGAAUCCGAGGAGGGGAAGGGUGAAAAAGGGGGCGGGGCCAAAAAAUCAGCAAAGAAGUGA